AAUUUUCGGCCGCGAUUCAACCAAUUCCCAAACGGGAUCCCAUACCGGCCCAACAUUCCCAUCUAUACCUCCAGCCAUGGCCUCCAAACGAGCAGCGGCAUCAACACUGUCCUGCAUUGCCCGACUCGGCUCGGCGCCGGCGCAAUCGUUGAAAACCACAACCACAACGUCGCGCUUCCUCAACUACUUCGUUCACUCCUACAGCUCUCAGUGCCAGCGGCCAGUACCACUGUCACAGCAACAGCAAACACAACAACGAGGAAAUAUCAACUGCACACCAAUCCGACAAAAACACACCAUCCCUCGUCCUCGAAGCCAGCCCUCAUCCUCCCCCGAACCUCAAUCCCCUCCCUCCGACCAACAACAACCCGCACAACCCAAGCGUGACACGUCCCAAGUCCCCCAGUACGAGCUCACUUUCACCUGCAUCCCCUGCGAUCACCGAUCCAAGCACAAGGUCUCCAAACAGGGUUACCACCACGGGUCCGUGUUGAUUUCGUGCCCGAACUGCCGUAACCGACACGUCAUCAGCGACCAUCUCAAGCUCUUCGGAGACCGGAAAGUGACGGUCGAGGAUUUAUUGAAAGAAAAAGGGAUGAUGGUCAAGAGGGGGACUCUGGGCGAGGAUGGGGAUGUGGAGUUUUGGGAGGAUGGGACAAGUACCAUAAGGGAGCCAGAGCCGGAGCCGGCGCAGGAGAGGCCGAAGAAGGAGGUGGAUAAUAGUCCGCCGGGGUCAACUUUCAAGAAUGUAAGGCCUAGAGAGGGGAAGAAGGCUGGGGACGAGAGCAAUUGAAUGUUGGAUGG